AUGCGGACGCCGACGCCGACAUUUAUUUCAUGUGACCCUAGACUUUCGGUCAAGGAAAUAUAUCAAUGGGAGUUAGAAUGGUAUCUAAACAUCGAUAAAUUACAGAAUCGUAUUUGCGCGACAUUAGCUGAUACAGAGCAUUUAACAAAAGCCGUCCAAACUGUGCAACGAACAAUACAAUUGAAUGAAAAUGGAUUCACUGCAGAAAACAAAACUGCUUCAACAAAUGAUGAUUUAUUUUCAAGAAUGUAUUAUCGUCAACUAUGCACUAAAGGUAGUGGUGAAACACAUAUUCAUUUUGAAGCUUAUCAAUUAAUUGAAUCACUAGUAGGUUUAUUGAGAGAUCCAUUAACGAUCUAUGAGUGGUCAAAUGAUUCGAUUAAAUUAAUACCCAAAAGUGUAUACGUAACUAGUAAUGUAAGCGUCCAGUCAAAACGACAUGUAUUACUGAUACCUGUAGCGCCGUAUGUAGUAUUCGAUGAGACAAACAAUAAUGACGAUCAGUUAUCGAAUUAA